AACCUACACCCCCAACGGCACGCCCCAUCCCAACUAUGGCGGCUGAGCAGAAGGUGGUUGCCACGGUGCUCUCGAAGGGCGCGUCCUCUGUGCUCAUCUUCUUCGUGACGCUCACGCUCAUUCUGUUCCUGGUGCUUCGUGUCUUCACCAUCGACAGGGUCAUUCAGAUGAACAUGGAGAUCGCAAUCCUCGCCGGACAUCUCGUCCUGAUUUUUCCUUCAACUCCCGGGGAAAAUGAGAUAGGUUGCAAGAUCGUCUCAAUCGCACUGCACCUGUUCUUCCUGGCGUGCUUCAUGUUCAUGAUGCUGGAGGCCGUCCACAUGUACACUCUCGUCGCCUACGUCGUCAAGAAAGAUGGACUUUUUGACCGCAAAGUCAACCUCGCCAUCGGCUGGGGCGUGGCGGUGUUCAUCGUGGGCGUCAGCGUGGGCUUCGAGUGGGCGCAUUACGGUGCAGCUUAUCACUGUUGGCUGAGGAUGGAUACCGGAGUUCUGAUCGCUCAGCAGUUGCCGGUCAUCGUAAUCAUGAUCUUGACCUUUACACUCAUCGAAGCUGCUGGCAAUGCUGAGUACAAACCUCUCUCAGGCAUGGACAAAAAACAGUUGACGAGCGCCCGGUUCUCGCAACGCACCAACCUGAUCAUCAUGCCCAUGGUCUACGCUCACUGGAUACUGGGCACUCUCGCCGAGUACGAACAGAACCUCUACCUCUACUCCAUCUUCUCCGUCAUGAACGGCAUCCUGGGCUUCUUGAUCUUCUCAUUCCACUGCAGCAACAACCAGCAGGUCAGGGAGAAACUGAGCAAGGCUGUCAAGAACCUGCGAGGUGGCGUCUAAUGAAUUCGAGGUGACGAAGUGUCUAACUUCCUGAAAGCUUAGAAGAUAUUAUCAACAUAGCAUAGCAUAGAAUCUUCGGCGUUGAUGAAAUGGGCCUGUUAAUGCCUGUCGCCUAUUGGACUUUUCGUGACUUGUUCACUUAUCUAACGACUGUUCUUAUGGACAGAGAUUUUCAACUGACGUUGGUUAUACAUUAUGAUUUGACUUUACUAGCCGUAGGAUGCUAGUCAUUUCAAAUACUGAAAAUUUACUUUUUAAUAGCUUUGUCCAGUUUGUUCUUGAACGCGUUCUUACUCGGACAACAACAAUGUCACCAGGUACGCUGUUCCACUUAUGUAUCAGUAACUCGAAGCGAUAAGAAAUAUGGUCGUAACGUGCCUUGCACGGAAAAUUUUGCUAUUUCUAUUAUCUAAUGUUAAUGUUAAUGUUCACGUGCAUUGUAUGCUUCUAACGUAUAAUGUCCCAGCAGUGCUUAGACACGAGAAUAACGCAUUCAGUGUCACCCGUAAUGUUAUUUCUCCUACAAAUUGUCCUCACAUCCUUGUCCAUGACAAAAUUUCUAGCUUUGUAUUUAAGGCGUUAGAAUUGCACAUAAAACUUUUAGGACCAUUGAGAAGUGAAUUUAAUGUUUUUAGAUUACAGCGUCGUAGUUUUCAGAUUACAGCGUUCCAAAUGCAUAUGUUCUACUUCUUUGUACAUGCUUUCAAUAAAUCAAAUUUUCAGAGCUCAUGUCCCACGUUUUAACUUAAAAGGGAGAAAUACGCUCUAAGUGUUUGCUGUAUUUCUAACGAAAAUGUUUAUAUUAAUUGAAUCACAUUCCAAUUCUUGGGUAAUUUGCACUUUAUGCAAACCAAUAGUAUAAAUUAUUUCUCUAGAACAUAAAGUCUUAAGCCAUGAAAACGAGAACAUAAUGCAACCAAAUUUUAGUUGAGUUGUGUUCGAUGAUAUGAUUUAUUGCCUAUGAAGUAGCGUUGCUCUGGCAAAAGCUCUCAGUAAUCGCCUUCAAAUUAUAUAACAGUAACACCUGUCAACGUCACUUGAGUCGCCAUCAGUAAAUACUUCGCUUAACUUGUCACUUGCCAAUUAAAGCAGUAUAAUACUGGUCUAAAAUAUGAACUGAGGCGUUCGAUCAAUAAAAAAAAGCUUCAACUCCAUUUAAACGCUACUUAAAAACUUAGAUUCAGUUUGGUGCAUGAAAAGAUCGUUCUGAUCAUAGACUGCGACUGACAUAUAAAACAGUAUUAGAUUAGCCGUUCGAGGAAUGAAAUAGAAUUAAAUUUAAAAUUAACUGUGUGAUUUAUGCUACAUUAAUUAGAGUGUUUAAUCCAAGCUAUUGCCUACAUCAUGUUUGACCGUAAUUUAGAACUAUUUGUUCAUAUCGACGAGAGCGAAGAGCCUUAUAUUUGGUAAACUUUUAGAAAUUGUGAGCCAUCUUGCGUCGGCAGUUGUUUAUGUCUUCAGUGUCACAUUUUAGCUACAUUCUUUAGGCCAGGCUUUCUUGAUAAUCUAAUAUUAUAUCUCAAUGAAAUCACUUCACAAAUGACUGUAUCGAAGGUUUUUAGCAUCUUGUAUAAUUUUUUUUAUUCUCUCCUUAAUAAACUAUGCACUAUGAGUGUAACUAUUGCUCAGUAUAAUUAUCAGCACACUUUGUUGAUAAUUGUUUUUGUUUUAUUCACGUACAAUUAUAAAUAGAUAUGUAAUGUAUAUUCCAUUAAAAUAAUCCUUAUUAACGUUGACGUCAUUGAUACUUUUAGGUAGCAUGGCAUUUUUUCUCUAAAAUUUAAUUGUAAGUAACCUCGAAGCCUUGGAUGCUCGAGACUGAAGGCAAGAAUGUGAUAAUAGCUUAAGUAGAAUAAGUCAUACCAGAGCCUAUAUAUGCAUUUCACAGGAGUUAAUAGAUGACCUCAAAGCAUCAGUUUCACAAAGCAUGACCUUUGCCUUAAUUUGAAAAGCGUGCACAAGUUGUCACGUAAAUAUGAUCACAAAUUGCACUUUUGUCACUAAAUUCUAGAUUCGUAACCUGCCGAUCAGUUCUCACACGAUGGUUAUGGCCCUAGUGUAGCGACGAAGCUCGACAGGUGUUUAUUCAUCAGUAAUGCCAUGUUGUGUUUAGAAUAUUUUUUUAUGCACACCUAUGAUGGCACAAUCUAGAGAUGAGCGGACCUUAAAAUUUCUCCUGUUCAGUAAUAAUCCUAUAUUUCUUUUAUAUAAUCUGAUAAAAUCCUUUUAGAAUGAUAUUUAAUCUACAUUUACAGGCAGUGUUUAGCUGACUAUGAUGCAUGGAUUGCUGGAACAAAAUUAAUUACGUACUAUAUUCCAUUAUACAAUCUUAUGACGAAACUCGCACGAAUAUAAAUUGUAUUAAGUAAUAUAAAAGAGGAUAAGUAAACACAGAUAUGAACUUGA